AUGCGCGAGCACGCUAUUGGAGAGGAAAUGUUCAUUAGCCAGCCUACCCCGAGGAAUAGGGCCUAUGUCUUAGACCGGGAAGAAAGACCGUUCUCGGAGGGUGUUUCAGGACUGCUGUGGGCAAGAGCGCCCAGCGUGUCUCGAAGCUACGUUGAUCUCGACAGCGACACAGCGGAGGAGUUUAAGCUGGAUCCAUUUGUAGAUGGUGGGCCUCACAUGCACAACACGGGAGACAUUGGGCGUUGGCGCCCUGAUGGUUCCCUCGAGACCCUCGGACGGGUUGAUGAUCAAGUCAAAGCCAAGGGGCUUCGUCUUGAGGUCGACGGCGUAUCCGCAUUGGUUGCGUCGGCUCCCGAUGUGUCUCGGGCUGCGGCAUUGUUGAUUAACGGAGAAAUCCACGCGUUCGCAUCCCCACGAAGCUGCAAAGUCGCUGUCAUUGCCGCUCACCCGCAGAACCGUCUGUCGUACUUUGCUGUCCCUGCUCAGAUACACCUCUUUGAAGAUCGGCCGGUAACAGCAAACGGAAAGGCUGAUAGCCAGGAGCUUCAGACACUGGCCGCGAACAGGGUGAAGGAUGGACCAAUACAACUGGCAGGAAAGGGUAAAAGAGGCGACAUAGACGCCCGGAUCGAGAUGCAUUCGCAAACGCCCAUUUCAACAUUGUCCAUCCCCGCUGAGAGGCGGGAUCUCACCCAAGACCUGCCGCAUAAAAAGUUGGUGCAGUCGUUCAGAGGCUUCAGGCACCGAGUUUUCAUUGUUUAUCGGACUCUAUUUACUCUGGUGUGUGCCAUGAACUUGGCGACUUUGAUACUUGUCCUUGUCCUUAGGCCCGGAUCACAGUGGUUAGAGACGAUAGCUGCUACCAAUCUCACAACGACCGUUCUUGCGCGCCAGGACAUGGUCAUCAACGUCCUAUUCACCAUCGCCUGUUCAGUCCCCAAGCGAGCUCCGCUCUGGAUUCGCGCUCAUUGCGCCAAGAUAUAUCACUUGGGCGGUGUUCACUCGGGAGCAGGUUCUUGCGCAGGCGCAUGGCUCAUCAUCUCGACCAUCAAGGACACAAUCUGCAAGAGAACCCGUCACGACGGGCAGCGGAUUGAGUUUAUUGCGAGGCAGGCAGUAUCAUGGCUUCUCUGUGGACUAUUCUGUUUAUUGGUCGGUCUUGCCUGGCCCUCGUUCCGAAAGCGACACCACGACAUGUUUGAACGGUUCCAUCGAUUUGCGGGAUGGGCUUCGUUGGCCCUGCUCUGGGUGCAUGCAAUGCUAGGCAUCAACGAUACCCGGCCCCAUAGUCAGACCCUCGGCUUUACGACGGUCAGGUGUCCCCAAUUCUGGCUCUUGGUAGCUGCAACAUGUAGCAUUGCCUCUUCGUGGCUGUCUCUCCGCAAGGUCCCUGUUGACGCCGAGGUUCUCUCUGAUCAUGCGGUACGACUGCACUUCAACUACACCGUCCCGGUAAACGGAAGCUUCACGCGGGUCUCUCAGAGACCCCUCCUGGAAUGGCACUCGUUCGCGACGAUUGCUGCCCCGGAGGCUUCCGGUAGUUCCAAGGGGUUUUCUGUCAUCGUUUCCAACGCAGGCGAUUGGACCCGUGCCUGUAUUCAGAAACCACCUGCGAAGCUUUGGGUGCGUGGUAUUCCGACGUUUGGACUGAUGCGCAUCGCGACGCUCUUCAACCGCCUCGUGUGUAUCGCCACAGGGUCAGGGAUCGGGCCGUUGCUUGGACACAUCAACCAUCCGAGCUGUCCCACACAACUCAUCUGGUCGGCAUCACGGCCAGAGGCAACUUUUGGAAGGGAGAUAAUUGACCUUGUGCGAGAGAAGAUUCCGGAUGCCAUCAUCUACGACACUAAAAUCUACGGACGGCCGGACCUCGUCCGCAUGGGUUUGAACCUGGCACUGAACUUCGGCGCUGAGGCUGUGAUUAUUAUCGCCAAUGAGAAAAUCACCAAGAAGGUCGUCCAUGAGAUCGAGUCCCAGGGGUUUCCAGCAUAUGGAGCUAUCUGGGACAGCUGA